GACUGACGUUUCGUGGACUGUUCACAGAACUCAAAUUUAUGGGUUUCAAAUGUUCUGUGUCAUCUGUUUCUGACGUUUUAUGUUCAAAGGAUUUGAGGUUAGGUCACUCACUGUACGGUGAAGGUGUAAAGUUGGAGGUGUAUUGGAGAUACAUAAAGAUUGAAUAUUAGGUAAAUUAGAAGAAAUCACCAUUCAAUUAAAAUGAGUAUUGACAUUUCAAAUUAUAAUAGAGAAGCCGAUCUCAUGCAAGAUGAAAUUCACUUACUGAAAAAGUCACUAGUUGAGUUGAAGAACAAUAUUGAUAAUCACCAAUCAAUACCUAAUGAUGAUUCUGCAUCAGCAUUGAACAAAUUGGUUGUAGAGAACACAAAACUGAAACAUCGUCUUGCUGUACUCAAUAGGGCAGUGGCAGAGCUAUCAGCUAAGAAAACUCCAGUAGACAACACCAGAAUGCAAAGCAUAAAUGACAUUUUAACGGAUAUAUUCUCAACAGCAAUAUCUCGAGCCUUUCCUGACCUUACUGAUCCCCCUAUUGUUAUUGCUUUGUCUGGGUCAAACCCCAAAUUCGGAGAUUAUCAAUGUAAUUCUGCCAUGCCCUUGUCCAACAUAUACAAGCAAUCAGGGAAAAAAGUUGCCCCAAGGGACCUGGGGCAAAAAAUAAUCGACAAUGUAGAAUCACAUGAAAUUAUCGAGAAACUAGAACUAGCCGGACCUGGAUUCAUAAAUGUUUACCUGAAUAAACAGUUCGGUCUGAAAAAUUUGUCAACUAUUUUCGUGCAUGGGGUCAAUCCACCCCAGCUACCAAGAAAGCUCAAUGUCUUGGUAGACUUUUCUUCGCCGAAUAUUGCUAAAGAAAUGCACGUGGGUCACUUGAGGUCAACGAUCAUAGGUGACAGUAUAUGCAGAUUAUUGGAAUUCUUGGGUCACGAUGUGCUGAGGAUCAAUCAUGUUGGAGAUUGGGGGACGCAGUUUGGGAUGUUGAUUGCUCAUCUCCACGACAAAUAUCCCGAUUUCCAUGAAAAGUCUCCGCCUAUCGGCGAUUUGCAAGCGUUUUAUAAGGAAUCUAAACAGAGAUUUGAUGAAGACGAGGAUUUCAAGAAAAGGGCUUAUGCCAGCGUGGUGAAGCUUCAAUCUUUCUAUCCCAUAUACAAGAAGGCCUGGGAGUUGAUUUGUGAUGUUUCUCGAAAAGAAUUCCAAAGAAUCUAUGACAGGCUAGACAUAAAGCUCAUCGAACGAGGAGAAUCCUUCUAUCAAACCAGGAUGGAGGCCAUAGUGAAAGACCUGCAAGCGGGAGGCUACUUGGAGGAAGACGAGGGCCGCAAGGUGAUGUGGGGCAGCCAGGGCGGUCAGAAUAUCCCGCUCACCGUCGUCAAAUCAGACGGCGGUUUCACCUACGACACAUCCGAUCUGGCGGCGCUGAAGCAGCGGGUGGACGAAGAAAAAUGUGACUGGAUUAUUUAUGUGACGGACGCAGGGCAAGCUACGCAUUUCAACACUUUGUUCGGUUGCGCUAGGAAAGCAGGGUUAUUGACUGAAAAAAUUCGAGUGGAUCAUGUUGGUUUCGGCGUGGUCCUCGGUGAGGACAAGAAGAAGUUCAAAACGAGGUCCGGGGAUACGGUACGAUUGCUGGAUUUGCUGGACGAAGGGUUGAAAAGGGCGCUGGAUAAACUCAAGGAAAAGGAAAGGGAGAAGGUUUUGACUCCUGAAGAACUCAAACAAGCCCAAGAAGCCAUCGCCUAUGGCUGUAUCAAGUAUGCCGAUUUAUCACACAACAGGAAUCAUGAGUACGUUUUCUCUUUCGAUAAAAUGUUGGAGGACAAAGGCAACACUGCCGUUUACCUUCUAUAUGCGUACACAAGAAUCAGAUCCAUCGCCAGGAACGCUAAUUUCACCCCCGAAAAGAUCAAGGAACUAGCUAAAACUUGUCAGAUAUCUUUGGACCACGAGAAAGAAUGGAAAUUAGGGAAAGUUCUCUCUCGUUUUCCUGAUGUUUUGUUGAAGAUUACGAAAGAUUUGUGUUUGCAUCACAUUUGUGAAUAUAUGUAUGAAAUAUCGACUACAUUUACUGAAUUUUAUGAUAGCUGUUAUUGUAUAGAGCGGGACUCUUCAGGUGAUGUUGUUAAAGUCAAUCAUGGUCGGAUCUUGUUGGCUGAAGCUACAGCUAUGAUUUUGGAAAAGUGUUUUAGCAUCAUUGGUAUGAAACCUGUAUCUAGGAUGUGAAAUGAUAAUAAACCGUUUGUAUACUUUGUUGAAAAACCCGU